GACGCGGAUAAACGGAGCGAACGUCACUUCGGUGCCCCGCGAUCGGUCCGUCGGACGUGUGACAUGAGAGGUUAUUUGGAUGAUUUAGAUUCUACGUGACACACAAAAUUUCGCUGAUUUCGCGUACAUGGAAUAUUUAUGCAUUCUGCAGACCCACGGGAAAUUUCGAUAGCAUGACGGUCAGGACGCUUUUACGUUUGGGCGACGCGGCGAACAGAUGAAAAUUCUUCGACGAAACUUUUUUACAAGAUGGAUCUAAAAAUUAGAGGAAGAAUCAAAAGAUUACAUCAGAAAGAAGCAGCAUUAUUUUUGACAUAAAAUUAUCUCAUUUCUUAUGACAUAUUUGAUGAUUCUCUACAUCUCUUGGAAGCAUAUACUUCAGAAGAUAAAUUUAGAAUAACAACUUGUCUUUAUAACUACACAAUACUGCAGGCCCAAAAUGCAAGUAUUACAGUAUAGACAGAUAAGAAGUUUAAAGAAACCACAAAUCUCCUUCAAACCAGAAUCACCUUUUCCUCACAUAGAAACUGGAACUGUAUCGCCUGCGAGACUGUGGAAACAUUUUGGUUUCACCAUUAUGUUUAGCGGAGCCUCCAUAGUGGGUGCUGCAAUUUGGGAGUAUGAACGUAUCAGAAGCCAGACAUAUAGAACAAUUCAUCGCUACAGGCAGUUUCGAGUUAACCGAACAGGAUGGAGGAGAGAAGUGGAGACGUGGUGGCAGAACUUGACCGAAGGACAGAAGAUGUUUGUGCCUAUAUGUUUUAUAAAUGCGGUUGUAUUCUUAGCUUGGCGAGUGCCGGCACUGCAAAAGACAAUGGUGCGCUAUUUCUGCGCCAAUCCGGCUUCCAGUGUGUCAUGCUGGUCGAUGGUACUUUCCACGUUUUCACAUUACUCCAUGUUCCAUCUGGCUGCGAACAUGUACGUGUUGCACAGCUUCAGCACAAUAGCUGUGGCGACGUUGGGGAAGGAGCAAUUUUUGGCGCUGUACUUGUCGAGUGGAGUGGUCUCCAGCUUCGCCAGUCAUCUGUACAAAACUGUAUUUCGAGUGCCAGGCCUUUCUCUAGGAGCGUCGGGAGCGAUUAUGGGUAUCCUCGGAUUUGUUUGCACGCAAUAUCCUGAUAUACGGCUCAGUAUCAUUUUCCUUCCUAUGGUCACGUUUACAGCGGGUAUGGCAAUCAAAGGUAUAAUGGCUUUGGAUGUUAUCGGUUGCAUCGCAGGAUGGAAAUAUUUUGAUCAUGCUGCGCAUUUGGGUGGCGCGUUAUUCGGAAUAUUCUGGCAAGCGUGGGGAAAUGCUAAUAUUUGGCAAAAACGAGAGCCUCUUCUAACUCUCUGGCAUGAAUUCCGAGAACCUCGAAGACCACAGUGAUACUUAAUUUUUUUUUAAUCUAAAUUUCAAUUUAUCAUUGUUUACGAUAUACAUAUUCUGUAUACAAAUUGUAAAGUUUCACACCCGUGUAAGAACGAUUUCUAAAAAACAUAAAAAUUCAGAUACA